AUGGGUGGCAGACUCGUCGCGGCCGCCCUACGACGAGAGCUGCCCUUUCCUUGUAAGCUCGCCGCGCGACCCCCUGCGCGUCCCCUUUCCUCUUUCCUUGCCUCUGUCACUUCUGCCCUCCCUUCCCCCUCCCCUAACUUUCUCAUCUUCCAACCCCCUCCACUCCGCAUUUCGCCCUCCGCGCGCCCUCCCCCAUUCCGCGGGUCCCCCCCUGCGCAGUUUCAGAUUUCCCGGUGUCGCGGCAACGGGCGGCCGGACAGCGGGUUCGUGCGCUACUCGUGGUCGUUCCUGAACAUGAUCAAGGGCAAGACCAUCGCCGUCAUCGGCGACUCGCUCACCGCCGCCAACUUCGUGCCCUCGCUGCUGUGCCAGAUCAGCGAGGUCACGACGGUGAAGAACGGAUCGCGGCGCACGCUGAGCGGUGGCAGCGGCGCGCAGUACAUGCCGCCCAUGGUGGCGUUCUACUACGACAUCCCCGCGUUCGGCGCGCGCAUCGUCAGCAUAUGGGACGACUACCUCAUGCGCACGUCCACCGGUGCGUACGUUGGGGGGGGAGGGCAGGCAGUGUUGUAA